GCUUGGUGAAUGGCGUGCGGCUGACGCAUGCGCAGAGAAGCCUAUCCCCCUCUUCGCCCUGCCACGUGGUGCAGUACAGUCACAGGUCGCAUUCGUUUCGUUCAGUCUGUCUUCUGCUGCUCGUUCUGUUUAGUAGUGUCUGACAAUUGUGAUUGUUUUGUUUAUGUGCGACAGUACGUUGUAUUAUUUUACCAAUUAGUGAUGGCUGAUCAAGGCAACGAACUAUUUAGUUCAAAAUUAGUGAAUAAGGUUAAAAAGAGCCAAACUCGAGAAAUAGUAUCUAAUGUAGCAAAAUUUAUGAAAGCCGAAGCCGAUGCUGACCGGUUUUUGAUUGACGUUAAGAAAGUUAAUGCGAGAGUAAGUGCUGCCACUGGAGUUUCAGAAAGGACAGUGACAAGGAUUAAAAGCGAGAGGAAAAAAGUAGAAGAAUCUGGCACAUCUUUCGAAACGCCAAAUAAAAAUAGAAUCUUACCUAAAAGAGUGACGGGGUUAGACGACUUUAAUUUGGGUGUUGUCAGGCGUAUUGUGGAUAAUUUUUACCUCAUUGAAAAACAACUUCCUACUUUAAAAGGUAUACAAGAAAAAAUGCGAUCAGACAUUAAUUUUACAGGCUCUAAAAGCAGUGUAAGCCGCAUCUUGCGACAAAUGGGCUACAAGUGGAGGAAAACCAAAACAAACAAAAAGAUAUUAAUGGAGACUCAAGAUAUUUCCUACAAAAGAUUUGUGUUUUUGAAAAAGAUUUCUCAAUACAGAGUUGAGCAACGUGCAAUUAUUUAUACAGAUGAAUCAUAUAUUGAUUCAACACACGUCUCCAAAAAAGGCUGGUCGGAUGAUUCCACAGCGGGUUUAGCUGUCCCGUUAAGCAAAGGAAACCGCCUGAUAUUUUUACAUGCCGGGGGUGAGAUGGGUUUUAUAAAAGACUGCUUAGUUAUGUGGCAGGCAAAUCACAGAAAAGGAGACUACCAUGAUAAUAUGAAUCAUGAAAAUUAUAAAAAAUGGUUGACAGAAAAAUUGAUUCCAAACUUACCGCCUAGGAGCGUUCUAAUUAUUGACAACGCUUCCUAUCACAACGUGGAAAUUGACAAAAGUCCUACUUCAAAUUCAAGGAAAUGUGAUAUGCAAGCAUGGUUACUUGAAAAAAAUAUUCCAUAUUCACACACUAUGUUAAAGGUAGAACUUUAUGAGAUUAUAAAAGCUAACAAACCAGCCUACAAAAGAUAUGUUAUUGAUGAGCUUUUAGGUGAAAAAGGACAUGUAGUCCUUAGACUACCUCCUUAUCAUCCAGAACUAAAUGCCAUCGAAUUUAUCUGGGCUGAAGUAAAAAAUUGGGUUGGUGCUCACAAUGUACGUUUUAAAAUGGAUGAAGUAAACAAAUUGGUAAAUGAUAAAUUUGAGUCUAUAACGGUUGAUACAUGGAAAAAAAUAUGUGAACAUGUAAGGCAAAAGGAAUUAGAAUUUAUAGGGAAUCAAGAACCAAUUGAAAAUGUUAUCGAAUCUUUCGUUAUUAAUCUUGGUGAGGAUUCAAGUGAAGAAGACGACUUCCUGGAAUCUGAGGACAGCAAUGCCGCAGAUGGAGAUAUGUCCGGAAUCGAAGAGCUGGGCGAUUAAAUUACAUGGUAUGAUUUUAUUAUUGUAUCACAUAAAUAACUGUAAAUGUAAGCGAUUAAGUAAAACGCCUAAUUUACACUUUUAUAAGUUUUUGUUUGAUGUUUUAUUGUUUUUAAAUAUCACAUUUAAUUAGUAAGAAUGUGCUGUAAAAUACAUGGUUAAAACUUUAAAUCAUUACAAGGGUUUGCUAAUGAAAAC